AUAACUUUUUAAUUUAACACAUUCAUCCAUUUUGUUAUGUUGUGCAAAAGUACUUUAACAAUUUUUAGAAAUAAAUAAAUUAUCAUUUGAUAUAAUGGUUUUCUAAAUAGUGAUAGGACGAUAAAAUAAUAUUUAUUAUCAAAUAGUUUAUAAAUAUGAAAAGUUUGUGCUUAGUUAUUUUAAGUGCUGUGGGUGUUUUUAGUAUAGAACAUGAUUUUAAAGGCUUUGAUGAUAGUAUAUUAUUCGGUAUAAACUGGCCAGGAAGUCAAGAAACUUUGUCAAAUUUAGAAGAUGAAUCCUUGGUAAAUAAGAACCAAGAGGUAUUAAAAGUGACAACAUCACAUAAUGAAAAAUACGAGUGUCGUUUGCCAGAACUUCAAGUGAAAGAAACAAUGAAUAUAGAAGAUUACGAUGGUCCUUCACCUAUCAACCUCUUGAAACCUCUGUUCACGCAGAAGAUUUGUUCCUACAGGCUUGAAAGCUACUGGAGCUAUCAGGUGUGCCAUGGAAGAUACAUAAAGCAGUAUCAUGAAGAAAGAGAAGGUAAAAGCGUUAAAAGCCAGGAGUUUUUCUUGGGCCAUUGGAGUGCAGAGAAACAAGCUAAAUUAGAAUCUGAUCUAAAGGCAGCACAAGAGGCCAAAGUGAAACCUAAAACUACAAAAGUGGAAGGAAUGACAUUACCUUAUAUUGAAAUGGCUAUGGAUGAUGGUACAAUCUGUGACUUAAGUGGUAAACCACGACUUACUAGGAUUUUAUAUGUGUGCUAUACGCAUAGCAAACACGAAGUAUACUCUUUUAAAGAGACAGCUACGUGUGAAUACGAAAUAGUAAUACUGUCACCAUUAUUGUGUGAACAUCCAUUAUAUAAACCUAAAGAUGUUAGUGAAAAUAUAAUUGAUUGUAUACCACUUGACGGAGCACCGAAAAAACCAAGAAAUUUAUUAAAGAGUGAAGUUGAAAGUUUAAGAUUUAACCAUCAAACUAUAAAACUAAUGAACAAUGAUAAAGAAGCUAGGGAUGUUCUUGCAGUUUUGAAAGUUGAAAAGAUUGAUAAGGAUGGUGAAACUCACUUAAAAUUGGAAUUGCAUCCACUGACUGAAGAUGAAGAUAUAACAGGCGAUAGUAAAGUCGCUCCAUUGCCAGAUAAAUCUCAGCCCGUGUUGGAUGAUUCGCCUGUUCGCGCCUUUUUGAAUGGAGAAAAUUGUUUGAAUGGAGGUACAGGCUGGUGGAAAUACGAGUUUUGCUACGGUAAACAUGUGGUCCAGUAUCACGUGGAUCGCGCAGGAGAAAAAACUACCCUUCUGCUGGGCAAGUAUGAUGAACAGGCGCAUCUGGACUGGAUUAAGGAGAACAGGGGAAAGGCGCCCAAACCUAAAGAUCAAAGAACAUCGGUAUCCCAUUUCUAUUCGGGAGGAGACAUUUGCGAUAAGACCAGCAAACCUAGACAGACCGAAGUUAAACUAAAAUGUUUAGAGAAUUCUUCAAGUCCAGCACAAGUGUCACUGUAUCUUCUAGAACCUAGGACAUGUCACUACAUCCUAGGCGUAGAAUCACCGCUUAUUUGUGAUAUAUUACCUCUGGCAGAUGAAAAUGGUCUAAUUAAGUCGAGUAAACCGCUCCUCGAAGUUAAAAGUAAUUUAGUGGAAAAGAAAGAUGAAAAUGAAGAUAUCAAACAGACAGACGUGAAUAAAUUUGGUUUUGAUUAGAGAAAUAAAAGGUUUUAGUUGA